AUGCGCUUCAAGGCAUCGAUACAGAAUAUAACCACUUUCACGAAGCUUACCGCGUCCCUCAAUUCACUCGGCCCGCUUGCUUGGGUGAAGCUCAGCGACGAGCAAGUAUGCUUCACCAUCAUCCCUGAGCAGGGCACACAGGUGUGGGCUGUUCUCUCUAUUGACACUAUCUUCGAAACCUACACGGUGCAAUCCGCUGCCAACAAUGUUAUUAACCUGGAAGUCCCGCUCACAUCCCUUAAUCGCGCCCUCAAGUCUGCCUUGAAUGCGACGUCCGCGCAAAUUCGCCUCACGAAGAAAGACAACCUCCCACUACUCGCCCUCACCAUCGCUACCACGUCUUCUUCCAAUUCAUACGCCGCAUUCCCCACAACAGGCGCCAACAAUGAAGAUGGCCUCAACACCUUGGACGCCUCAUUUGGCGGAGGUAGCCGCGAGACCAUCGUCACGCAGGAGGUUCCGGUGCGGGUCCUUGGCCCAGACACUGUGGCUGGUCUGCAUGAGCCACAAUGCCGCGAGCCUGACGUGCACAUUAUUCUCCCACCCCUGAUGCAAUUGAAAAGCAUUAGCGAUCGCUUUACUAAGCUUGCCUUGCUCGGCGCUAGAUCCGGCACCACCGCUUCACGAACUCGCCUGGAAGUCGCCGCGAACAUGCAUGGUUGCCUGAGGAUGAGUAUUAAGACUGACGCAAUGAGCAUCUCGUCCGUCUGGACUGACCUCAACAACCCAGAACUCGAUCCUGGUCAAGUGGCUGGGGGAGAUAUUGGCAUUGCAGAACACCCCAGCACGCGGAUGAAGCAAUUAGGAAGCGCGGACGGGCGCAGCGAGGAAGGGUGGGCGACGGUUAGAAUCGAUGGCAGGGAUUGGGGAAAGGUGAUGAGUGUGGGGAGGCUCGGGGGGAGAGUCAUCGCGUGUUUCUGCCACGAACACGCCUUGAUUUUGUAUGUCUACCUGCCGAACGAUAAUGGCGAUGACGAGUCGGUCUUGACGCGCUUAGCAUGGCGUUUCUUCCAUCUUCCGAUUUCUUCGUAUUACGAUCUACAUACCAACUUCUAA